CAGACGUACUUACAUAUAAAAAUAGCCGUCGAUAGACUGAACGUGGCGGGUCGGUGCUCGCUGACGCACAAAACUACGGUUGGAAUCUUCCUGCGAUUUCAUUAGUAGUUCUCAAUAUGUUUCGUAUUCUGCCUGCCGCAUUCUUGGCAGCGAGUGCCAGCGCCUCAGUGCUCCUAGCUAGAGAACCACCUACCAGAGUCAUUGAACGAGCCUCAACGUGCACUCCCGUGGCAGGGAAUAGUGGCUCGAUUGACGAUGUGCCCGCAUUGCAAUCAGCCAUUUCCAACUGCGCCUCAGGCACAAUCUACAUCCCUCCUUCGACGACGUACUAUGUCAAUUCAGUCCUCGACUUGACAGGCUGUGCAGGUUGCACACUCCAAAUUGAGGGCACAUUGAAGAUUGCUUCAGAUACCGACUAUUGGAACGGCAAAACAGCACAGAUUCUGGCCGACGACAUCACUGGACUGAAAAUAAUCUCGUCGACGGGAUCUGGUUUGAUUGAUGGCAACGGCCAGAAUGCCUACGAUCUUUUCGCGGAAGACUCGUCGUAUGAUCGUCCGACACUACUGUAUAUCACCGGAAGCAGUAAGAACGUCGUGGUACAGAACUUGAGGAUCAAGAACCCGCCCAAUGUAUUCGUCUCGGCCACAAGCGGAACGAGUAACAUCCAAUUCUCCAGUCUCACCCUAUCGGCCACUUCCAAAAGUGUAAAUCCCGCCAAGAACACGGACGGCUUCGAUAUUAGUGGGUCAUACAUUACCAUGAACGACAUCGAUAUCACCAAUGACGAUGACUGCAUCGCCUUCAAGCCUGGUGCCAACUAUGUCACCGUCACAGAUGUGACGUGUACCGGGAGCCACGGAUUGAGCGUUGGUAGUCUCGGAAACAAGCACGGCGCCACCGACACCGUGUCCAACAUCUAUGUCAACGGGGCAACCAUGGUUGACUCGACCAAGGCGGCAGGCAUCAAGCUCUACCCCGCGGGUGCUGAUCACGGCACCGCUGUCGUCAAGAACGUGACAUGGGAGAACGUCGUGGUGAAUAACUGCGACUACGCCUUCCAAAUACAAUCCUGCUACAGUGAAGACACGGACUAUUGCGAGGACACACCUAGCACGGCGACCCUCACGGGCAUCGUGGUCAAGGGCUUUUCGGGAACGACGAGCGACAAAUAUGAGCCGACAGUGGCGAACAUCAACUGCCCAGCAGGUGGCACUUGCGAUGUAGCUCUCUCUGGCAUGACUGUCAAGCCGCCGUCUGGAUCAGCGGAAUAUCUAUGCGCGAACACACCGAGUAGUCUGGGUAUCACUUGUACAAGCGGAGCUAGCGGUUAGUCAAGGGAACAAAGCCAUGAGCUUAUUAAUCAUGUCCAUUACCUACGUGUACCACCACAUGCGAUUUCAGGCAUGAUGCGCAGG